AUGAAGUCCGGUGGUCUGAGCACCCUGGAGAUAUGUUUAAUAACCGUCUUUGUGUUGAUGACCGGUGCCUGCAUCGGCCUCAUAGCCGUCUACUUCACAGACAAAGAUGACUCUUCAACUCAUCGGGAAGAGCUCGUCUCGGGCUGCGGGGGUCCUCGGGACAUGUCUGGGGAGUCAGGCACCUUCUCCAGCUGGAACUACCCCAACAGCUACGACAACGGCAAAAGUUGCACGUGGGAUAUCACUGUGGACCCUGACAAGGUGAUCCAUCUGUGGUUUGAGGAGUUUGCUCUGGAAGACACCGAGGUCUGCAGUGCAGACUUCGUCACGCUGCGAGACUCUCUGGGAAUCAUCGGUAAAUACUGUGGCUACACCAAACCGAACCCGGUGGUGUCACUGACAAACCACCUCACAAUCUUCUUCGACACCAAUGACAGAAAAACAGACCAAGGAUUCAAGGCUCAUUUUAAAGCGGUUUCUCCAGAGCGCGCAGCAGCAAUAGCUGGAGCCGGCGGCUUUCUCCAAGGUGAUCAGGGGACCCUAAUGACUCCCGGUUUCCCAGAGCAGAACUACCUGAAUGGAGUGCUGUAUCAGUGGAAAAUCACAGUGCCUGAAGGCGAGAGGGUCCGACUGACAUUUACCUCCUUUGACCUGGUCCCUGAGGUCUGCGGAGACUUCAUACAGAUCUAUGACGGCCACACGGCCGGCUCCUCUUUAGUAGGUAAAUUUUGCGGCGUCACUCCGCCGCAGACCGUGGAGUCCAGCAGAAACACCAUGGUCGUCCGCUUCAAAUCUGACAACACUUUGACUUCUAAAGGAUUCAGUGCAACUUACACAAAGUCUAGCCUCCCACCUCUGACCACCACACCCAAACCCACCACUACAACCACACGCACAACAACUCCCAGACCUACAACGCAAACAUCUGCACCUACCACAACAUCUGGGAGCGGUGGUCCGAUCAUCAUUGAGGGGCGUAAAGGUGUCGUCCACUCCGUGGGCUACCCAAAUGCAUACCCUGCUCAUUUGAGGACCUCCUGGGAGAUCUCUGUGGCCAAAGGAUUCCUGGUUAAACUGGAGAUCACAGAUCUGGCCAUCACAGGGGAAACUGGACAGUGUGAGGAGGACAAACUGAUCAUAUCUGAUAAAUACAGCAAUUUGGGAACACACUGUGGCUACAUACUUCCACCCGUGGUGGUCAGUGCCAGUGAAACCAUAUCUCUGACCUUCCAGUCCGACAGUCGCCUCACGGACCGAGGAUUCUCUGCCAGGUGGGAAGCUGUGUAUCCUGAGGAUAUCGCAGAAAUCCAGGGUUGUGGUUUCUCAUCGAAAGAGGAAACUGGGGUUAUCAAGUCCCAGAACUGGCCAAUGAAUUACAAGGCCAACACCGAGUGCAUGUGGAACAUUGCUGUGCCUUUUGGCAAAAAAAUCACACUUACGUUCACCCAUUUCGACCUUGAAGGCAAAGACUUGCUGACAUCCAAAUGCUAUGAUAACAUCAUGAUUUAUGAUAUCAACAAUUUGACAAAUGGGCUGAUGAGCACACAUGGUGCAUUUUGUGGAACAAGUCUUCCGGGUGCCAUCCAGACGAAGGGCAACAGGCUGAUGAUUCGUUUCCAUUCAGACUUGUUUACUGAGGCCAAAGGCUUCAGAGCUUAUUGGACAACAGACCCCAGUCUGCCUGCUCCCACCGAGCCGCCCGCUCAGCCAAACCCCUGGGACGACAUCCCCAUUGAGUGGCCCACCGCUUGUGGGAAGCCAGCCAUCCCCCCUCAUGUCAUGUCACGAAUUGUGAAUGGAGAGGAAGCCACACCACACUCCUGGCCCUGGCAGGUGUCCAUGCAGGUCUGGCCAUCCAGUCAAGAAAACCCCAGAUACUCCCAUACCUGUGGCGGUACUCUCAUUCACAAGAACUGGGUGCUUACAGCUGCUCACUGCUUCAUAAGAUAUGCUGAUGAGCUGCAGCGCUGGCAGAUGUGCCUCGGCAAACACAACCUGACCUACACAGAGCCGACCCAAGACUGCUUCAAGAUAACCGGCAUCUAUCGCCACGAAGGCUUCCAGUAUCCCACGAUGCCCACGGUGGAGUACGACAUUGCCCUGAUCAGACUGGAAAGAGAGGUCACGCCCACUGACGAGGUUUCAUAUGCCUGCCUUCCACCCGAGGAGGAAGUCCUGGCUGGGGGCAAGAAAUGCUACGCUACUGGCUGGGGAGACGAGACUGGUGAUUCACAGAAUCCAAAACCUUCAGAGGCCCUUAACCAGGUCGCUCUGCCUGUUGUGCCGUAUGACACCUGCAAGAGGAUGGAUUACUGGUGGUUCCAGGUCAAACCCUCCAUGAUCUGCUGUGGUUAUACUCUGCCCGACGAGCUCAAGUCUGUUUGCCAGGGGGAUUCGGGCGGUCCACUGGUUUGUCAGGAAGCUCCUGGGAGUCCAUGGGAAGUCCAUGGCAUCACCAGCUUUGGUCCUGUGGGAUGCAUCAUGAAUAAGAAGCCGUCUGUGUUCACCCGCACCUCUGCCUACAUCGACUGGAUUGAGAAUGUCAUCCGCAGAGAGCUCUACUACGAGCACACCUCUGGCUGUGGAGGGCCACUUGAACUGACUGGCACAUCCGGCAACGUGUCUUCCAUGCAUUUCCCCGGCUUCUACGACAACAACGCCCAGUGCCAGUGGAACAUCCGGGUGCCCGAAGGCAAACUGAUACACCUACGCUUCAGCAAUUUCUCCCUGGAGGAGAGUCUGAACUGCAUAAAUGACAAAGUCACCAUCUCAGACACAACAUCAAGUCUAGGCGUCUUCUGCAGUCACGUCGCUCCCAAUGACAUCGUGAGUGAUGGAAACACGCUUCAUAUGAGCUUCUCCUCCAACGACAGAGUGACGGAUACAGGCUUCACUGCUACUUGGAAAGCAAUAGACCCCUCAGAGACUCCCUGUGGAGGAAUAUUUAACAGUGAGGUGGGUGAAUUUACUUCUCCAAACUGGCCUCACGACUACCCGUCCCAGGCCGUGUGCACGUGGCGUAUCAGUGUGCCCGCCUCAAAAACGAUCAACGUAGUCUUCACCCACUUUGAAGUGCAAGCCGUAAACGUGGCAGGGAGUUGUGUGGAUUACGUUGAGAUCUUCGCAGGAGGCAACUUGACCUCACAAGGUCGAUUCUGCGGCUUUGCACCUCCUCCCUCCUUCUCCACCAACAGCACUGUAGUCGUCAUCCGCUUCCUUAGCAAUGGGGCCAAUCACCAGAAAGGUUUCCGUGGUUACUGGACGACUGAUGGUGGCCUUCCUCCAACUCUAGCCCCUCCUGCUCCUAACCCAUGGGACAACAUCACUAUCAGCUGGCCAGAGGACUGUGGCAUCCCAGCAGUGACACCCAAUAUGAGCAUCGCAAGGGUGGUUAACGGGCAAGAGGCUAUUCCCCACUCCUGGCCCUGGCAGGUCUCCAUGCAGGCAUCACCAUUUUCUCCCAUACCGUACAUGCACGGCUGUGGAGGCUCUUUGAUUCAUGAGGAAUGGAUCCUGACUGCAGCUCACUGCUUCAUGUUCCCACUGAAUAACCCCUCCUUCUGGCGCAUGUGCCUGGGAAAGCACCACAUGAACUCCUCCAUGGACGUCCCCUCUGCGGAGAAAUGCAUCAAGGUGGACGGCAUCAUCAAACAUGAGGGCUUUAUCUAUGAGCAGGACAACAGCGACAUCACCAAUGACAUUGCCCUGGUGCAUCUGGCCGAGCGUGUCAACAUGACGAGGGAGAUCAGUCCCAUCUGCCUGCCCAAACCUGAGGCGAUCAUGCCUGCAGGCACGCCGUGCUUCGUCACCGGCUGGGGAGACGAGAAAGGUAACCUGUUUCCCGUAGUGUCUGAGAAGCUGAAUCAGGCGGCACUUCCAGUCAUUGACUUCGACACCUGCAGCAAGCCUGCGUACUGGUGGGACACCCUCAGGCCCUCCAUGAUCUGCGCUGGAUUUGAAUCCCCCGAUGAGCUGAAGUCAGCCUGCCAGGGUGACUCCGGGGGUCCCUUCGCCUGCAGGGCGAGCGGAGCUUCCGGGGCCUGGGAGGUUCAUGGCAUUGUCAGCUUCGGACCUCAGGGAUGUAUCCAAGACAAGAAACCAUCUGUGUUCACACGGGCCUCUGCCUUUAGUGACUGGAUUGAUCACAACAUGAAGAAGUUUAUUUAUGAGCAUGGCGAAGCGAUCUGA